AUGUUAUCUGACUCUCAAUUCGGUUAUCGGCCUCAUAGGUCAACGGAACUCGCUUCAACUCUUUUUCUUGAUAAUAUCAGGAAAAAUAUGGACAAAGGUCAACUGACUGGAGCAAUCUUCAUAGACCUUCGUAAAGCUUUUGACACUAUUAGUCAUUCAUUAAUUGUGUCGAAGUUACCAAAUUAUGGAAUUUUUGGAAUAGAAAAAGAGUGGUUUACAAAUUACCUAUUUGCGCGUGAGCAGUGUGUUUCUGUAAAUGGUGAACAAUCUUCUUUUAAACCAGUUAACUGUGGGGUUCCACAGGGAUCAAUCCUUGGCCCCCUAUUAUUUAUCAUGCACUUUAACGGAAUAGUUGCAUCUUUGAACAAUUGCAAGAUCCUUAUGUAUGCGGAUGAUACUGUAAUUUAUUACUCUCAUAAAGAUAUUGAAGUAAUAGAAAAGAAAUUACAGGAUGAUUUGGCCAGUAUCACAUCGUGGCUUCAACAAAAUCAACUGAUUAUCAAUAUGAAAAAAGGGAAAACAGAAAGUAUGCUAUUUGGAACUGGAAAACGGCUGAGUACUUUGAAUGGCCGUCAAAUGAACCUAGAAUGCAAUGGUUCGAAGGUUAACUUUACGUCACACUAUAAAUACCUUGGAGUUCACUUAAAGUCAAGCCUAAACAUGAAUGAUCACGUGAAUAAGGCGUUUAAGAAAGCUUCAGGAUAUCUUAAACUUCUGGCAAAAACUCGCUCUUUCCUUUCUACGAAAGCAUCUCUGGAUAUAUAUCGGGCUAUGGUAAUUCCUGUACUAACCUAUUGUUCUUUAGUGUGUACGUGCUCUACGACCACACAAAAGAAACGGCUCGAGAGCUUUGAGAAACGAGCGGCUAGAAUCAUAUUUGGAACGUCAGAGGAACAAGCAUCAAAUAGAAUGCCUUCG